GUUAACUCCGCUUGAUAUCAAGGUCACCAUCGGCCAGUUCGACAGGUGUUUCCCGGACGUCUCCUCGACGAAUAUGAGCGUGGAGAAAAUCGUCGUACAUCCAGAUUUCAGCCCGGCGGACAGAGCUCAUGACAUAGCUCUUUUGAAGUUCAGUACACCAGUCAAGAUCGAGAGAAGGGUAUCACCGAUCUGUUUGGCUACCCCAAACACUAAAUACUUAGGACAGGUGGCAACAGUGUCUGCUUGGUUUGAAACAGAAACAGAGCAGGGCCCAGCGUCGGCGUCAUGCAGGCCCAGAAAAUUAGGACUACCAGUGCUGGGCAAAGCAGAAUGUAUAAACUCAGUAGAAGAUCCCCAGAUAGUGAGCAACGAUAAGGGUUGCAUUGGUGUAGUUGGAUUACCCAGCCCCAUCUGUAGAGUCGACAGUGGCGGUCCUGUAAUGUUUCGAACUCGUCAAGGGGUAUACGAGUUAGUGGGCGUUCUUACUGAUAGAAACGAGUGUAACCUGAAGCCUGGAGUAGCCCUAUACACCUACAUUAAUGACCAUUUACCCUGGAUUACUCAAAAUACAAAAGACGCCUGCUACUGCUUUAAAACAUAA